AUUUUCCUUCCGGGUCGCUAGUCUCCUCGCGUAUCGUGUGCACGCGUAUGCGCGAGUAUGUACUUUAUGGCGUCACACAGCUGACGUAUUGUACGCGUAUCCAGGACCGCAUGGAGUGGAAUGAUACGCGACGAGCGCGUUAAGACGGGAUCGUAUCACCGCACGGCACGCAGGGCAGCCCUCGCGGGUGAGUCGAACCUCGGCAGCACGGACAACGUUCUUGCAUAACCUCGGCGUCGUCGGCACCGGCGAUUGAUCGGAUGCGUCGAACGCGCUACGGGAUCGCGUGCCACCGUUGAGCCUGGCGCAGCCUGGCGAUUCGCCUUCCCCGAAAGAUGUCGUUGACAUUUCAACAGAUCAUAUUGGAUGCCAAAAAAUUGGUCAUUCGAAUUUCAGACCAUGAGAAUACGGCAGACACUCUGAUAAGUGAGGUUGAAGCUGUGUGUGGACAAAUUGAUAACAUGAAGCAGUAUCAAGAGGAAGUAGAAAUUUUAAAUACUGAAGCAAAGCAAAGACCACACUUGCAAUUGAUCGCCGGGAUCCAAAGGGAAAACAAACAUUUGCGAGAAAUACAGGCAGAGAAUAAAGAGUUGAGAAAUGCAUUGGAAGAUCAUCAAUUUGCUCUGGAGCACAUAAUGUCCAAAUAUCGACAGCAAACUGCCUCUUUAUUACGUCUUAGCAAAACCGACUAUUCAUCCAUGCACAAUUCAAAAUAUGCUAAUAUAAUAACCAGUCAAGCGGAGAAAAUUAAUGAAAUGGCAGCCGUGAUGAAAACAGCUGCUGCGUUAGAUGAGGAGAAUGAAUUGAAGGAGAAAGAGAUGUUGCAUUCUUUGAAAGAAGAAAAUGCCACACUCCGAGAAAUAGUAAAUAUUGCAAAUAAAUACGGUUCCUUAAAUAAAGAAUGUUCUGUAGAAAGUAAAUCCGUUCAAACGGAUCCGCCAAUAGAUUAAAUAAAUAUCCGCUCUUAGAGCUUUCGAUCUUUUUUAUAAAAAGUUGACCAGUAUUUAUUUCACACACAAAUUCAUGACAUAUUACUUAUUAGAUAGAAUCCAUUAUAUUAUAAGAAGUGUAUGCGCAAGUUUUAGUAGUAUAUAUAUAUAUACGUAUAAACGUUUGUAAAAUAAAUUGUACAAGCCGUUUGCAACAUAUAUUAAUUUUAUAAUUUG